AUGAGUUUUCAGCCCACUGUUAGUCAUUAUCGCCGUCACAAUGCACCAUUUACUAAAUAUUUGCCGAGACACUUAACAUUACAGCAAAUGUAUAAAGAUUUCAAGCAGAAAAAUCCAAAUUUUAAAUGUGGAAUUGAAUUAUACAGACAAAAUAUAAAAAAACUAAAAAUAUCAUUUCAUAUGCCUAAAGGUGAGAGCUGUGUAGAAUGCUCAAUGUAUGAACAAGAACUGAAGAAUUACAGCGAUAUUAAUUCGAUGCCUGAAAAAAUAAGAACGAAAUAUGAAAAUCAUAAGUUCAAAGCUGACUCUGCUUUACAAAGAUACAGAUUAGAUGGAUCAAGCAAAAAUUCAAAUAGAGUUAAAUAUUUAUCAAUGGAUUUACAAAAGGUGAUUAUUUUACCAGAGAUGCCUGAAAUUAAAGAUGCUUUUUUUAUGAGUCGUUUGGUUACGUUUAAUUUAACAUUUGCUCCAAUUGAAAAGAAGUCGAGCGAUUUUGCCAUAUGUGUCCUUUGGCAUGAAGCUCAAGCUGGACGAGAGGCGAGUGAUAUAAUGAACGCCAUAUAUGCUUUCAUACAGGCUAAUAGGGACAUGGAGCACUUGUAUAUAUGGGCUGAUAAUUGUACAGCGCAAAACAAAAAUUGGACCCUUUAUACUGCAAUGAUUAUAAUAGUCAAUAACUCCUUGAAUAAUCUUAUAUCAGUAACUAUUAGCUAUUUAACCAAAGGCCAUACUGACAUGUCCGCGGAUGCUGUUCAUGGCAAUAUCGAAAUGAAAAUGAGGAGGCAAAGAAAUAUAUAUGAUUUUCAGGAUUUUAAAGACACAGUGAUGCAAUCAAGGAGAAAUAUAAAACCUAUUGAAAUCAAUUGUAGAUAUGAGUGGCCUAAAAAAAAGAGAGUGGCACGUCUUAAUGAACCGCUAAAGCAAUUUAAUUUGAACUCUGUUGUGCAAGUCGAAUUUAGCGCUGGAUCAAGAAACCUUUUUUAUAAGACAAGAUUUGAUGAACCCCUCCAAGAAUUGGACUUUCUGGUAAAAAAAUUUAAUUGCACUGAGCUCCCUAAAAGUCUUGAUACCCCAAGAGGUAUUAAACAAAAUAAAAAAGAAGAAAUUAUAAAUAAAUUGGUAUGUUUGAUGCCGGAAUCAAGAAAAUCAUUUUGGAAUAAUUUACCCGUCAAUGACUCGUCUGCCGAUUUGACAAAUGAUGGACAAAUGUCUGCAGUUGAAUAG